AAAUGAGAGAAGUAGGAAGAGAAACUGUGUUGUGUUGUGUGGGGUCUGCUGAAUGCUGUCCUCCACAGCCACAGAGUAUCAGAGAGAUUAUACAACCCCUAACCCUCUCAGUCUCUGAGUGUGUGAGUGUGAGUGUGUUGCUGUCGGUGAGUGUGAGGGUCAGCGAGUGGACGGGAGGUGAUGAAGCGAGGGUCGAAGAAUAAGAGUCAGGACAAUGCGGCCAGUGCUCUGCUGAGUCUGCAGGAGAAUGAGAAGGUGCAGGAUCUGCUGGGCAGGAGAUGUGUGUCACUGUGUACGGCGGUGGCGCAGCUGUUCAUGGCUCUGCCACACAGCCCGUUUAACUGGAGUCUGCAGCAUUCAGGAGUUCUCUGCUUCGUCAAGGACAAUCCCCAGCGCUCCUACUUCAUCCGCCUCUACGACAUCAAGGCUGGUAAAAUGCUGUGGGAACAGGAGCUCUACAAUCAGCUGACCUACCACCGAGCCCGGGCCUUCUUCCACACCUUCCCUUCAGAUGACUGUCAGGUGGGUCUGAACUUUGCUGAUGAGCAGGAGGCUGAGAGCUUCUACAUCAUAGUAGACGAGAAGAUGAACCAGAGAGUUCAUCGCAUGGAGAAUCGUCAGAGUAAAAUCCGCUCCAGAGAUGAUGCCCUGCCCCCACUGCCUCCUAAUGGCUCUGGAAACUGUUCUCCACUGCCAUUGGCAACCCUCAGCAUCCAGAAUGAACCUGCUCCCACCAAAUCAAAGAAAGAGAAAAAGGAGAAAGAAAAGAAAGGCAAAAAGAAAGGAUCUAAACUGUCCAAGGCAUUAAUCGGAGCACCCAGUGGCUUCACUCACGUGACACACAUGGGCAUGGACAACAACAGCAGCAGCAUGGAUCCGGACCUGAUGAAGCUGUUCUCCCGGGCUGGGAUCAGCGAGGCAGAUCUGAACGACUCUGAGACCUCGCAGAUGAUCUACGAUAUCAUCGAGCGCUCUGGAGGAUUAGAGGCAGUGAAGAAGGAAGUGAAUCAGCAGGAUCGUGCUCUUCCUCCACUUCCUGGAGCUCGUCAAGGUUCUUUACCCCCACCUCCACCUUCAUCUGCCUCUCACCCCUCCCAGUCUCGUCUUGGACCCCUACCUCCACCCCCUGGAGGUGGUCCACCCACAGAGGGCCGCCGUUCCUCGUCUGCACACGGUCCUCUUCCACCUCCGCCCUCUGGAGGACGUUCAGGACCUUUACCACCACCACCAGGAGCAGCAUCUGGACCACCUAUUCCAGGCGGAGGACGUAGAGCGACGUUACCUCAAGUUGCCCCUUCACCCUCAGUGCCCCGGGGUGGAGCUUUACCUCCAGUGCCCGGGGGUCGAAGUGGAUCGCUCCCUCCUCCACCAGGAGGACAGAGUCCAUCAUCAGUACCUCCUUCAAGAAGUGGACCCAUGCCUCCUCCCCCAGGAAGGGGUAGCGGACCCUUACCUCCACCUCCAGGGGGACGCAGAGAAUCUUUACCCCCUAUGCGAUCAGGGCGAAACGACCCCCCUCCUCCGGUACCCGGAGGACGAAGUGGACCCAUGCCACCUCCACCUGGCAGGAGAUCCGGAUCCUUACCUCCACCUCCAUCUCAGCAAAACGACUUCCUACCACCUCCUCCUCAACAAUCCGAUUCAUUUCUCCCUCCUCCCCCCUCGGAUAUUCUCCCACCGCCGGACUUUGACUCCCUACCUCCACCUCCACCCUCUGACUCCUCCUACUACCCUCCUCCAGCUGCAGCCAUGGCCCCGCCUCCACCAGCCUGUGCCAGCCAAGGAGGUCCACCUCCUCCUCCACCACCUCCUCCAGCUCCUGUUGCCCCACCACCCAGUGCUAAACCUUCAGCCCCUGGCGGUCCACCACCUCCUCCAGCAGCCAGCAGUGGUGGAGGAGGAGGAGGAGGAAGAGGAGCAUUACUGGAUCAGAUACGCACAGGAAUGAAACUCAAAACAGUAACAGCAAGCACUGAUCCUCCACCAGCUGCAGCAGACAGUGAAGAGGGAAUUGUGGGAGCUCUGAUGAUGGUCAUGCAGAAGAGGAGUAAAGUCAUCCACUCCUCCGAGGAAGAUGAAUUUGAUGAUGAAGAGGAGGAUGAUGAUGAGUGGGAUUAGUUCGAGUGAAGCACUCAAGUGAAGGAUCCAUCCUACAUUUUAUACACAGAGAGACGAUUGUUCCUCCUCAGUUGCUGAAAAGCACAAUGGUGUCUCCCAAACUCAAACUCAUGAACACACAUAUAUAUAUAUAUAAUAUAUACUAGUUUUUGCAAAUGCAAUAAAACAACCUCACUCCAACAGAAAUGACUUAUCCACGUGUGGUCUCUAUGCAAAAGUCAGAGAAGAACUUUAUUUCAUUAUUUUCCAGUCAAAACAGCCAUUAAAUAUUAGAAUGGAUUGCAGAUAAAGGGUUAGAAACCAAAGGGAGUAGAAAUGCAAAAAAAAUGGCAACCAUGCAGGAUUUGGUAACCUUCAAAAAACCCAUAAGUUCCAUCAGUUAAACAGCAAUUUACGCUUUUAUCUUUAAAAGAGAGGGGAGAAAACAAAGCUCCACUCUUGCUUUAGAUAUGGAAUAUCCAUCUGUCCACUUUAGAAAGAAGAAGCUGUUCCUGAGUAAAAAGCUCUUCCAUUUCCAGAGUAAAAAGCUCUUCCUCUUCCUGAGUAAAAAACUCUUCCUCUUCCUGAGAAGAAGCUCUUCCUGACCAUGCAGAAAAAAUAUUUGUGAACUAGGAAAGUGUAUUCCUAAAGUGCAAAAGAGAAGUGGUUCCCAGUUGCUACAUGGUUGCUGAUAAUGAUAUUUUAGGUAUUUUCUAUGGCACUGU